AUGGUGGCCCCAACCUCACCCAAAACCAAUACGGCAGUCGAGCUGCCCAAAAGCUAUGGCAUCGUCGUCUUUAGAGCUUUCGAGAUGCUCGAUGUGUUCGGCCCACUCAACGCGUUGAGCAUGCUCGCAAAGAUGCGCCAGCUUAACCUGUACAUCAUCUCCGACACACUGGACUUGGUGACAACUGAGCCUAUGACCGCUUCAAUGAACUCGAAGAAUUCCAGCUUCUUCCCCCAAAUACAACCCACACACACCUUUGACACCGUCCCUGACGAUAUUGACGUGCUUAUCAUUCCCGGGGGGCUUGGCUCUCGUUCACCUCACCUCACAACAACAAUAGAGUAUGUCGCCAGUACCUAUCCGAAAUUGAAGUACCUCAUUUCCAUCUGUACCGGCGCCGUCAUCGCCGCAAAGUCGGGGGUUCUCGAUGGCCGACGAGCCACCACGAACAAGGCCUCAUGGUCGAGCACCAUCGCCAACGGUCCCAAGGUAGAUUGGGUGCCCCACGCGCGAUGGGUUGUAGAUGGCAAUAUCUGGACAUCAUCCGGUAUCUCAGCCGGCAUCGACGCAACAUUAGCGUUCAUCGAGGAGGUGUAUGGAAGUGAUACUGCCACUUACAUAUCGAAUUUAAUGGAAUAUGAGCGCCACACGGAUCCCAGCUGGGACCCGUUUUCGGAGACAUUCGAGGUUGAAGGAACAAAGGACAAGAAGCGGUCUAUGAAUUUAUAA